CGGAAAGCGCGGGCGGACCUGGUCCAUAUAUUUCGCGCCUCCCGCCCUUACUACAACCGCCGAGCACAAGAUUGCAGCGUUAGGGCAGCUUUCGUCAACUUGGAGACGACCAGAAACGAACGGAACAGUACAGAACAAGACAGAACAGACAAAUAUGGUCAACACACAUGUCGCAGUUUACUUUCUCAUGACGUCACUAUUAAUGACGUGUUUGGCCUUGCCAACGGCGGAGUCUGCGCCUGCGCCCUACGGUUCUCCGGAUCGGCUGACCGCCCUCCGAAAUCUCCUCAAACGAUUGGACGACAAAGAUGACUCUUUCCUCGCCAAUGACCAAGGAGACGACUACUCGAAGAAGAUGGCACCGGUUGAACAUGAGUUGCCCAUCGAUUCGGAGGCUUAUGAUUAUAGCGCCAAGGGAGAGGAACUUCAGAAAAGAGGCAAGAAGAAGAAGUAUCGCACAAUCUGUAUCGACUGGAGCAAGGGGAGCUGGUAUUGGUGCUGGAAAAGCUAUUGACGAGCAAGACGGCAUUCAACAGCACUAAGAGCCCUUCGGAUCUAUGACGUCACGCAGGAAUAUUUUUGUAGUCACACAAAUGAUAGAGCAAAGAAACGCUUCGCAUUGGCUAGGAAGUUUGCAGAUCUAAUGUUGUGUUUUGUAAGCUUAGUCUGAAAACUUAGUGGUCUCAUGACUGUAACUUUUUUGACAGUAACUGUACUGUACCGGUCUGUUUGCAGAAUAUGUGCAUGUUCGAUUGCAAUUUUGUCAUUAGUCAUUUACUGUUAUCUAAAGCUAAUGGCAUAAGAUAUUGAACUUUUGUUCCGUAGUCAACCAGUAUAAUAUAUGUAAAAGUAGUGGAUGGGCUGCCAUGUAUUUUAGAUCAUCAAUAAACGAAUGAAAUAAUGAACAACUAUGAAUGAAA